AUGCCUCGGAUCCUACCCAGCGGCGGCAAGCCCACGCCUGCUGCGCGAUCCGGCAACCUCGACGAUACCUUCGAGAUCGACGCGAAGUACUGGAGUGACCUCCCGUACAUCUACCUGAGCCACCGAGCAAUUGUUGAGUUCUGUAAGCGUGAAAAAGCAAUCGCCAAGGAGGCCAGGGCAGAGCAGCAAAGACAGAGAAAGAAGAGGACACACCACUGCAGGAGACAGCGGCUGCCGCACAAAUUGCGCAGCCUGAAGGAAUUUGCCCGAGGGGGUGGACCGGAUUUAUCGGAGGUUUCCAGCUUCGGCUGGUCCAACACAGCGGAACCCGGCAACUCCACCUCCCUCUACGACCGCAAUUGCCACAACUUCUUCCAGCUACACGGCAUCGCCGCCCGCCCCUACAGCCACAAUCAACCGAAGAACUACCCCGCCCUGCAGGAGCUCGUCAAGAUCCCCCGAGCAUCAGUCGACCAACUCGACCACACCGAUCACGGCGUGUGGCUCAAGUGCUGCAAGAACUACGGCAAAGCUCGCUCCAAGCUCAACGACGCGGUCACGAUCCUGCUCGGGGAAAAUGCCGAGACGGUGCUCACAUACGAGAACGAGCCGAUUACCGGCUUGGAGCCAUUAGUAGAGGGCAUGUUCCAGGCGCAGCCGGACUAUUACGACUGCGCGGACUACUACGCCCUCGACAAGGACGGGCGCAUCGCCAACGACUUGAAGGAGUAUAUCCUGCCCGCGGCGGACGCGUAUGGCGUGGUGCCCAACUUCUUUGUGCAGCUGAAAUUCGACGAUGAUGAUGAGGACCACGCGGCGGGCCAGCUGCAGGCGAUGCACUACGGCGCGCUGGGGGCGCGCGCGGUGCAGAAGCUGCGGUUCUAUGGGCGGGACAAUGAGGCGUGGUUGGAUGAGGUGGCGUAUUCAAUUGCAGUGGUGGUGUUUGAGAGGUCAGUGGCAAUCUAUGCGGUGCAUAUGAUCGAGCCCGAGGACGAGAACAGAGAGGCGGACUAUCAGUUGACGCUGCUCUACAAGGGUCGCAUGGACGGAGUGAUGCAGUUCCGGAAGGCUGUCGCCGCGGUGAGGAACUCGAGAGAGUUUGCGAAUUACUGGAGAGAGCACUUUAUUGAGCAGGCCAGGCUGGCACUGGAGGGGGGUGCUGCUGGCGAUGCCCGGCAGGGAAGCCCAGGAUCACUGGAUGAGAAGCCAAGCGGCGACCAGGACGAGGGCCUCGUUAGGUCUUUGAGUGAUGGUCAAGGCACAGUGAGCGUCAACCCACCCUCUUCUACUCUCAAAAGAAGCAGGGUUCAGUGGGAGCUGCAAUGCCCAAGCCAAGCUGAGGAGCUUCGUAUCAAAAGACCUCGACCAGCGACCAGCGACCAGCGACAGUCCAAGUCCAGGUUCAGUCAAGGUUUAUAG